AUGGUUUGCUUUGGCCAGUUGAACUUAACUGAAGAAAUGUUUUGUUUUGAACUUGAAAAUAACAUGAAAAAUGAUGCUGUUGAGUUAGGAAUUAAACAGCAUUUCUGUUGUUCAAUGCUUUCCAUCAAACCAGAAAAGUUUUUAUCACAAAUUAAAUUGACAAAAAAGAACUUUUUCCACCUAUACUCUUUAAAUACGCCAUCAGUUGCACGUGAGAGUUUUAACAGUACUAUUCCUUGCAUUGCUAGUUUUAAGGAUAAUUCAAGAAAAGAUCUGGUUGUGGAUGAUAUCAAGACAUAUCAGUUUUGGCUUUAUGCUUGCAUCAUGAUUCUAUCUGGAACUUGUAUCAGUUCAACAUUUACUUUGUCGGAUACCAUUUGUUACGAGAGCGCACAAAAAUACAAUAGAGAUUUUGGUCGCCAAAGAUUAUUUUCUGCUAUAAGUUGGGGUAUUUUCGCUCCUUUAGGAGGACUUUUAUGUGACCUUACAAAUAAUUUUUAUUCAACUUGGCUACUUAUGGUGUGCUUACAAAGCAUUACUAUCUGGAAUCUGUAUAAAAUGGAUCUAGUCUUACCCCAAUUUUCUCAAAAUUUAGCAAAAGAUGUCGGUAUAGUACUCAAAUCUAGAACUUUUCUCGCAUUCAAUACUGGAGUUUUUAUAAAUGGCGUAUGGGCUGGUGUAAUUUGGUAUUAUCUAAUAUGGUUUAUGUCCACAUUGGGAGCAAGUACAUUUCUCUGUGGCUUGAUUCCUUAUGUGCAAUGUUUUGCUGGCGAAAUACCAUUCAUGUUCUUUUCAGGAUGGUUUAUAAGAAAAAUGGGGCACUUCAAUUUAGUGUCUUUGUCCCUUUUCGCAUAUGCUGUUCGUUUUUUGUGGUACAGCUUUUUUCAUAAUCCAUGGCUGGUGCUACCAAUGGAGAUUACUCAUGGCUUCACGUAUGGAAUAUUCUAUCCUGCAAUAGCCUCAUUUGGAAAACUUAGUGCUAAACCAGGAACAGAAGCUACGACUCAGUCUAUUCUUUUUUCGACUCACGAAGGAUUAGGAAUUGAUUGGCCAAUUGGAGUUAUUUUAGAAAUUUUUCCUGGUAAAGAUGGUAUUCCUAGAGUUGCAAGACUGAGGGCCAAUAAGGGUGAAAGGAUCCGUUCAUUUCAAAGGCUUUACCCAUUAGAAGUGUCUACCAACACUGCUAUUGAGGUCUUAAAAGCUGCUAGAAAAACUGACACUUUUGUAGAAAACACUAUGGGAUCUAUGUUGCCUUAUAUGCCUCUGAUUGCAAAGGAUAGGAUCGGAAUUUCUGCAACUUCUUUUGCAAUUGUUCUCACCGUUCAACUGUUCAUCACUGUGUUAUCUAAAACAGCUUUAGGAUAU